AAUGCAGAGAUGUCAGGUCUUGAAAUCACCUGGGGAUUUUUUGGGGGUGCGGGGUGGACAGAAAGGAGAACAGUCAACAGGGCUCGGGCAGCUGCUACAAAUGGCUUCAGGUACAGGCAGUUGAAGCCACUUCCCUAAGUGAAAGUGAAAGAGAAGCAGGCUGGGAGGAUAGAGGAUUCCACAGGCGGCUAGCCAAGCGAGGGGUAUGCUGAGAGCUCCCUCUUCGGCCUGGCUCGCAGGCAGGGGGACAUUGGAGGGGGUGGCAGGUGAGGAGGGGCCCUGAGAGCAGCCUCCAUGGGCUGGGAGCCCGGCUGGUGUCUGCUGCUCUGCUUGGUUCUCACCGGGGCGGCAGGAACCGAGGCCCCCAAAGCAGAAAGGCAGUGGCAGGCGGUGGACAUCAUCUUAGACUGCUUCUUGGUAAUAGAAGACAGGCACCGGGGAACUUUUGCCAGCAGUGGGAACAGGGAGAAGGCCUUGCUUGUGUUGAAGCAGGUGCCAGUGCCGGAUGAUGGUUCCCUAGAAGGCAUCACUGAUUUCCAAGGGGGCCCAGUGGCCGAAGAUGACCCACCUGUCAUCUUCGAAGCCUCAGUGGACUUGGUACAGAUUCCCCAGGCGGAGGCUUUGCUCCAUGCUGACUGCAAUGGGAAAGAGGUGACCUGUGAAAUAUCCCAGUAUUUUCUCCAGACCACACAAGAGGCCAAUGUUGAGACAGCAACUUGGUUCAUCACCAACCUGCAGAUAUCUCAAGCAGGACCCAGUGUCUCCCUGGUGAUGAAGACCCUCAAGAAUACUGAGAAUGGAGCUGUCUGGCACCCCAUGCUGAACCUACCUCUGAGCCCCCAGGGGACUGUGCAGACUGCAGUGGAGUUCCAGGUGACAACAGAUACCCAAUCCCAGAAUCAUCUGCUGGGGUCUUCGGCCUCCCUGUACUGUGGUUUCUCCAUGGCACCAGGCCUGGAUCUCCUUGGUGUGGAGUGGCGGCUGCAGCAUAAGGGCAGUGGCCAGCUUGUAUACAGUUGGAAGACAGGGCAGGGGCAGGCCAAGCGAGAGGGUGCAACCCUGGGGCCUGAGCAGCUACUCACAGCUGGGAAUGCCUCUCUCACCUUACCCGGCCUCACUCUAAAGGACGAAGGGGCCUACAUCUGCCAGAUCACUACCUCUCUGUACCAGGUUCAACAAAUCAUCCACCUCAGCAUUCAAGCUCCCCCGAAAGUACAAGUGAGCUUGGCAAAUGGGGCUCUGCUGCCCACCCUUAUCUGCAGUGUUGCUGGCUAUUACCCUCUGGAUGUGGUGGUGACGUGGAUUCGAGAGGAGCCAAGUGGAAUCCCAGCCCAAAUCUCUGGUGCCUCCUUCUCCAGCCUCAGGCAAAGCAUGGCAGGCACCUACAGCAUCUCUUCUACUGUGACAGCCGAACCUGGUCCCACAGGUGCCACUUACAUCUGCCAAGUCACCCACAUCUCCCUGGAGGAGCCCCUUAGAGUCAGCACAAAGGUUGUUCCACACACAGAGCAGAGAAUGGUCUUUGGAGUCAUCUUUGCCAGCAUUCUCUUCCUUCUUACGCUGUUGUUCCUGGGUCUUCACAGAUAGCAAGCUCCUUCACCAAGGCCUGCCAAGACCAUGAGACACUUUGGGUAGCCACUCUCUGGCCUCCGAGGAAAAAGUACAGGACGUAUGUUCUAUCAAAAGAAACUUAUGCUGAGGCAUGGAGCUGAGAAAGGCCCAAAAGAGGCACCAUGUGUGGGGGUGAGGGGUACUGGUCCUGAUCUGGAUCUGUGCCCAGGCUGAUGAGAAGUGAGGGGACAACAGAAGGGUACAGUGAUCUGGGUGGAGACUCACACCAAAGGGCCAUAUUGGAGGUGAGGUGGUAAGAAACAGGAAGAAAUCAAGAACGGAGCAAGUAAGGGACAAAGGGGAAGAGGGCAGGGGCCGGCCACCACUCGCAAACUCUAAACCUCUGUCAAAAUAAAAGCACUUUGAAUUUGCAGA